AUGACAUCAGCCAACGGCGUGGCGAUGUCGCGCGCAUCUACGCGGUGCGGGCACAAGACAAGGAGUUUGGCCUCUGCCACACGUUCGUACGAGCUUGGCCGCUUCUGUCCGUCCAUGCUGCCGUCGGCGCAGCGCAUCCCGCCUAUUGGCGACCUCUUCACGCAGCAGAGCACCUCUCCAGUCCCGAAACAGGGCACGCUCGCUGCUGUCGGGGCCCAUGAAGCGUGGAUCGCGUGCCUGGCGGCGUGCGAGGAGGUCGACAAAAACACGCCGCAGUCGGAGGCGAUCAAGUUCAGGGACGCAACUCGCUUCAUCUCGAUCUCCCAGUUCGGCGCUGCUGGAUGGCUCGACAUGCGCCCUGAUGGACUCCACCACACGAAGAUGGCUGCCGCGGGCGAGCACGUCACGGUGGGAGAGUACAAGGGCGACUUCCUCGCCAACUCCAACAAGGGCGACCGCACCUCCAAGCACAACGGGGUGCUAAGGGCCGCCCAGAAUGCCAUCCGGGCGCGCUCGGUUGGCAGCAUCAUCCUCGGGGACAAGGAAAAGCCCGAGGUGACGCGGCACCUCAACGACACGUCCGUGACUGACAUCUGCGAGAUCAGCGGCGACUUCGCCACGAUGCGGGACGUGCAUUACGAGGUCAAGUGCUGGAACUCUCUCAUCAAGUCGACGACGUUGGGGAGGGGCUCGUGGGACAAUGGUGGCAAUGUGGCGUCGGUGGGCCACCUCUACGGGUUUGGAAACACGCUGGACAAGGCGUUGACGGGAGUCGUGGGGUGCAAGGAGCGUGGCCGUCAGGUAGACGGACCGCUCGACCACUCGACUGGAAAGGGAUGGGUCAAAGACCACGCGUAUGGAAAGGGGUGGGUCAAGACGGAUACGGGCUGGAAGUGGAUGGGGGCGCAGUACUACGACGCGAAGUGGGUCAAGAAAGCCAUAACGCGGCUGGUGCUCGUUCGUGGAAACUUUGGGAGGCAUUGUGCGCCGCCCACCAAGCAGUUCCUCCACGUGUUCGCCAAGGAGGCGGCGGGCACCAACACGGACCGGACGGUGUACGGGGCGGCGUCGGCGAGCGCCUCCUCCUUCGUCGUCCACCACACGCAGCAGAUCUCCAUGGCGGCGGUGGCGAAGUCGCAAUCGUCGGCCAGGGACGGCCGCCGAUAUAUCACGCUGAGGGCGCAAGCCAACGAAGCGUCUGCGUCCUCGGUGGCGGCUCUUUCGGCCGCGCGAUAUGACGGCAAGCCAACGAAGCGUCUGCGUCCUCGGAGCAACGAGCGCUUUCUCCCGGGCGCCGUGUUCACGCCCAACUUGGUGGCCAUGACCGAUCUCGAGGCAGCGACGGCAGGAGCCACGCACCUCGUGGUGGCCAUCCCGUCCCAAUUCCUCCAGGCCACGCUGCCGCGUGUGCGCAAGCACAUUCGAGCCGAUGCGUCGGUGCUGAGCGUUGUCAAGUCGUUGCACUACGAGGACGCACGCAAUCGGCUCAGCCUUCCGUCGAGCGAGAUCUUGCAACUGCUUGGAGGCACGCACGAAGUCUGCGCCCUCUGCGGUCCCAACAUUUACCACGAGAUGACGAGCGACGCCUCGUUCGCGGAGGCCACGAUUGGCUGUGCGGACAGCGUGAGCGGCCGUGUCGCGGCCGCGCAGUGGCACGCGCUUCUCAUGGCCGAUUACUUCGCGACGCCCGACGCGAACGUGAUAGCCCUCGGCACUGGCUUUGGGACUGGGUGCGGUCACGGCGCCAACGUGUGCGCCGCCAUCAUGCGUGUGGGCCUGGGCGAAAUGGAGCGGUUCGCGCGGCGCUUCCUCGGCGCAGCGGACGCGCGCACCUUCUACGAGGAGGCCUGCGGCGUGGGCGACCUCGUGCUCACGUGCACCACCGGCCGCGGCCACCAGCUUGCCGCGGCCUUCGUGCGCGGCGACGAGCACACGCGCGACGUGCAGACACCCCACGCGCGUUGGGCGGCCCUAGAGGCGAAGCUGUUUCCAGGGAUGUGCCUGCCCGACUGGCACUCGGCCAAGGCGCUGAAGGCCUUCCUCGCGGCCCACUGCGCCGAGCACGCCUUCCCGCUCCUGUGCGCCAUCGGGCGCAUCAGCCACGGUCGCGAGCCCGCGGCGCACAUCGUGGGGGUCGACUCGUGCGUGAAGCGACCGACGCGCCGGCAUCGUUGGCUGCUGUGGCCGCUGCUCGCCGCGGUCGUGGCAGCGCUGCCGCUCCUCCCGGUGGAGGUAUGGCUGCCGCACAUGGACCUGCCUUCCGACGACCUCUCGAGCACGGCGGAUCCGCUCCCGCCCUUGAGCCCGGCCGACGUGCCGUCCUUCCUGAACGCCACCUGCCUCAACAGCGAGCGCCGGUUCCCACUCGUGGCCUAUGGGGCCGUGCUGAUGCGCGGGUUCGCCGUCGAGGAGGCGGCGCAGUUCGAGCGGUUCGCGAUGGCGUACACGGACCGGCUGGACAACAUCUACCUAGGCACCUCCCCUCGCGAGUCCGUCAACAACUUUAGUGCCGAGAGCAUGCUGGGCAGGCUCCCGUCGAGCGACGAGCCAUGCUGGCUCGUCGCGGGCCGCGAGCUCGAAGACCCGCGCGGAGCGUCGCCGAGCCUGGCGUGCCCGCCCGCACGCCCGCGGCCGCAGGCAAGGAAGGCGAGCUUCCUGGCGUCUAUGCCAAGCGCUCACAUGCCAAAAGACACCUCGCAGCGCGCGUGA